UUUCUACAAUUUACCAAACCAACAGACGUCUAUAUAAGUACAUAAUCCUAAUAUAUGUACAUCCAGAAUCCAGAAUCAAAACCCGAUGGUCCUGGUAUCAGCACUCGGUCGCGCGACGUGACGCAUGUUCACAAUACACGCGGUCGAGAAUUCCCCAGCACGCCGAUGCAAGUCUGCCUCCGCCGUAUCAGCGCCGGCCAAGGAUCCCGGGGACCGCUUCCUCAAUCCGGCGCGGGCCAGGGAGGGAUGCGAGCAACUUCCCGUCGAGGCGACAGCAGGGGAACCGGCGCCUCAGUCGCGAACAUGUGCGCUUCGCUCGUGCUGGUGGCGUGGCUGCUGGCGCGCGAAGGAGGCGCCCUGGACGGCUCGUGCGACGGGGUCGCGGGCGCCUGCACGCGGCGCUGCUGCGCGCCGGACGAGCUCUUGGACGCCGAAGGCCUCUGCGCCCGCGUCUCUUGGGACGUCGUCUUCCUGCCGCCGCUGCGCCGGUGGCCCGAUCUCGCCGAGGCGCCGGCCACGCCCUUGGCCACCGUCCACGGGGACCCGUGCGCCGCGGGCAAGUUCCUCCUGGAGCCCGACGUCAACCCCAACGACACCUUCUACCUGCUGGAGGACGGCCGCCUGUACGCGCCGCACGUCGAGCCAGAGCCCCUGAACACGUCGUCCUUCUGCGUGGAGCCGUCUGGCGCCGGCGGGGCGGGACUGGCGGCCUACUUCUGCUUCCCCGAGGAGGAGGAGUACGGGCAGGAGGAGGUGCGGUACGUGACCAAGCCCGUCCCCGUGGUGUACCCGGUGACGAUGCUGGUGUCGCUGCCCUUCCUGCUGGCCACGUGCCUGGUGUACUGGCUCGUGCCCAGCCUCGGCACCCUGCACGGCCGCGUGCUCAGGUGCUACGUGGGCGCGCUCUUCUGCGGCUACCUGCUGCUGGCGCUCGUGCAGCUCCAGGUGCACCGCAUCGGCUCCGCGGGCUGCGUCGCCACUGCCUUCAUCAUCUACUUCUCGUUUCUGGCGAGCUUCUUCUGGCUGAACGUGAUGUGCUUCGACAUCUGGUGGACGUUCAGCGGGUUCCGGCCGCUGCGCGGCUCGGAGAAGGAGCGCGAGCACAAGAAGUUCGUGAUGUACUCGGUGUACGCGUGGGGCAGCUCCUCGCUGCUGCUGCUCGUGUGCCUGCUGACGGACCGCCACCCCUACGUGCGCGAGCGCGUGCUGUCGCCGCAGUUCGGCAAGGACCGCUGCUGGUUCACGACCCAGAGCGCCGAGGCGGCCUACUUCUACGGGCCGAUGGGGCUCAUAGUGCUGUGCAACAUCGUGCUGUUCGUCCUGACGGCGCUGCGCAUCGUGAAGCUCAAGAAGGAGACGGCCAUGCUGAAAGGCGAGGAGAGCCGGCGCCAUGACGUGGAGGAGAACAAGCAGCGGUUCGUGCUCUACCUGAAGCUGUUCGUGGUGAUGGGCGUGAACUGGGGCAUGGAGGUGAUCUCGUUCGCCGCCGGCGGGCCCCAGUACAUCUGGUACAUCACCGACAUCGGCAACACGCUGCAGGGCGUGCUCAUCUUCCUGAUCUUCGUGUGGAAGGAGAAGAUCCGCCGCCUGCUCGCCAAGCGGCUGUGCCCGCGGCUGGCGCGCGGCUCGGGGCGUCCCGGCUCGCAGACGCGCGGCACGCUGUCCAAGAGCGUCGCGACGCCCUCCUCCUCCUACUCCAUCACCACCAAGACGACCUGCAACGGCGAGACGAGCCGCAUGGCGCGCGAGGAGAGCGACGUCGUCUGAGGGUCCGCAGUACAAACCACGUGGUUUCUAACUACCGAAUCUCUGUGUCGGGACUGGGACUGAGUUGGCUGUGCCAGUGCGUCCAAGAACCCGUGUUGGAACUGCUGAACUGUCAACACUGUUGAACCACGAAUGUGGCUGUCUGUGUUCAAGUUACCUCGGAGUUGACGAUAAUCACACGUGUGCAAACUUUAGUAUACUCGAGAGUGAUGUAUUUGUACCAGGUAGCAUUUGUUUUUUUUAUUAUUUGUACAAAUCUCAAGCAUCUGCUACAUGUAUGCCCUAUGCUCGAAUUUAUUUUCUGAAUUGAGUUGACAGGAUCAGUAUUGUAACUUCAGAAGUGGGCAUCUCAUUUUUUCGUCGGCUGAAGCGGUAAGACCAAAGGAAAAACAGGGGUACCUAAAAAAAAAUCCCACCGGCCUCUGGCAACAUUCUCGUUCUUCACGAGAGAAAACCACCACAUAUCACUUGCGAUUUGAAACUUUUAUUGCAUGCCAGGGAAUCAUGUGUGUUUUCUGGUGGUGUGGAAUUUUUCUUUACAACCAGAUCUUACAAAUCCGAAGAAGUAAGUGUAGAUUCAAUAUGAACAAAAAAAAAUUCAGAAUAAAAUAGUUGUAAGUGGUAGAUAAUAUUUAAUGUUAAAAUGUAUGCCUUUUAAAUUAUAUAUGUCUGGUACUUGUUUAAGACAUAAAAAUAGCAGGCACUAACUGUAAACAGAAACAAAAUUUACUUCGACGAAAUUUACCAACGAAAAUUACAACUUGAAAAUGACAUAGUAUGUAUAGCUCUGAAGUGUUUUUGCCACUUUCACAGUGCACACAUUCUCAAUUUCAACACAAAAUAAAUUUCCAUAUUUUUAAAAGUGUAAAGUCGUAAUGUUUCUUUGUUGAAAACUCGUAUAGCUUCUUUCAGAAAUUUACACAAUGUUCUUACUUAUCGUAAACCUUAAAAAAUUAAAAUUAAAAUGCGAGCGAGUCUCAGUACUUGCCAGUGAUGUGUAAACAUCUAACCUCGGUAACGAGCAAAUUCAUGUGUUCUCAUAUUGUUCAUGCUGCAAAUAAAUUUAUAAUACUAAACUCGGGCACAAAAUUUAGAGUAGAAUUCUUUAAAAAUAAUGCUGAGCUUGUAAAUAUGCUGAUCAAUAAAAUAUAAGCUUUUCAAGUACAUGCCCAAUUUUCUAGACGCGAAUCACAAACUUACUAUCUGUGCCCAUCGCCAGAAUUCGCUGCCUGAAUCGUAAACGUUGCUUGCCAACAUCACCUGCAGAUGGCAGCACGAAACAAACGGAAAUUUUAAACUAUCAGAAACGGCUCCGAUAAAAGCGAAAAAGACUUGAAAAAAUCCUAAACCCCGGCUUUAAAACUGAUUGUCGACAAGGAAUUUUAUUAAAAAUUGCAUAUCUUGUAAAAAUUCACUAAACAGUUAAUAGCCUACUAUAAGGUUUCCGCAUACGUUAGAAGUUAUACUUUUAUGACAUUACUAAAAUAUUAACCUGAAACAUUUUGAAACACAUAACACUAAGUAGGCAUAUAUAUAUAUAUAUAUAUAUAUAUAUAUAUAUAUAUAUAUAUAUAUAUAUAUGUUUUUGCUUAAACGACUAAACUCUGUCUGUAAAUAUUUGGAAAAACAAAUAUUAACCUUAUUAAGCUGAUUCUACGUUAUUAUUUUAUUAUAUUAUAUUAUAAUGUUAUUUUUUUAAAAUAUCCAGUGACUUUUCGAACCUCAUCCCUUAAGGUUAACAAGCUCACGCUCUGUCGCUGUGUUACCGAACCAGUUGACGUAAAGAGCAUAUGUAUUAUAAUCAUUGAAAUGUGAGUUUUAAUAGGUAUUUUAAAACAUGAGAUUAAUUUUUACUAAGACGAUUUUAGUUUACCAGCUAUAUUCCGGGGUAGUUCACUAUCAUUAAGUUUAAUUUGGCACACCAAUACUUUUGGUAUUUACCCUAACGUUCGAAAGUGACUAUAUGUGUAUGUUUAUGUUACUACACGUAGGCCCGCCAUCUUAGUGUCACAUUUCCGUUCCAUUUUCACGAAAUUACUCCUACCAAAUGCCGUAUACCGAUAGCCAAGAUGUUUACACAUAAAAAUUAAUAAUAAACUAAAUGCAAAAGUCUGCAAAGACUUUCAAAAUCUUGCCAUCAAUCAAGUAACUGUAAUCGUAGACGUAAUUGUGUUUGUAAAUAUGUAAGUAUGAAGUUAUAUAUCCCAUGUUAUUCAAGUAAAACAUGUAGCUAUUUGUAUAACCUUGUAACAGAGAACAACACUACUGUCCAAUCACAAGCUUAUUCUUCCCAAUUUGCCGUUGUUAUUGUAAUCAUCAAAUAGCGUAUAAAAGAAUUUUGAAUCUUUGUUUGUUAAUGAAAUACUGUAUAUAUAACUUCAAGCACUUAAAUUUCUAUACUUAAUGGAUACAUACUCCUUUUUUGUGUUUCUCUUCAUGAAGUAAGUACCUACUGAUUUAUCACAGCGAUGAAAUGCCAUUCUCUAAAGGACUAAUAUUACCACUAGUUAUUUUUUGUUGUAACAAUGUUUUUUUUAAAAUCUUAGAUACAGUAGCAAGCAAGGGCGUAAAUUAAUUAGUGGUGAAAAUAUAUACUGAGCAACUGAAACAGCCUUGGAUUUAUGGAUGGAACUACAUGUGGUGAGGGAGAGGGGAAAUUUAACCCCAAGGUUUCAGUCGGAAACGAACAAAUGACCUUGCUAUCCAUAAGACCAAACAUAUUGUAUUAACAUUCAGCUUCACUGGUUCUUUGGAAGCAUCAGUAACCUCUACGAUAUUUACACAUCUCUCUAAAAUAAUAAAGCAUAAACAUGAAACUUUUUUGUUUUUGAAAAUGUUGGACUUCAAAACUAAACCAAAAUAUACACGUUGUUUAACAUCACAGGCUUAUUUACAGCAUGUAAUUAAUUUCUUCAUGAAUGAUAGGUUAGUAUUUAUUUAUUUACAACGACAUAAAGGGGUUGCAAGAAGCACAAUACCAUAUCUAACGACUAUAACCAAAUAUUCAAUACCAAAUCUAACAACUAAACCAAAUAUAUUCAUCGUUGACACUAGUGUCUUGUACUCUCUUAAUCGCUGUACACAGUAUGCGUGUAGGUAUUUUAGACUAAGGCUUUGUGGCGAGUUGAGUGUUCGCAAGCUUGGCGCCAAUCAAAUGUUGCAAGCCUGUCUCCAGGAACUACACGUGCUGCAAGAGUUUCACCUGCACAAUUGUGAUCAUAUUACUGACGCAGGCAUCAAGAGACAAUGUUUGCAUCCAUGUGACAAUAUUGAGAAAUGAUAAAAUUUUACAAAUAAAUAUCCUUCUUUUUUAAUACACUAAUACCAAAGAUUAUCCUGCAGUAAUUCAAAACAGUAAAAAUCGAGGUUUAAUGUAUUUCUUGUGUUCGUUUCAAAUGUAUUAAGUGUAGAUACCUAUUAAAUAUUUUAAAGUUUUUAUUUCAAUAAAUUGUAAUGCAUUUUUUUUAAUAUGAGGAGAAAGUUUGUUAUGUAUUUACUUUACACCUUAGUUUUUUAGUUUUUUAUGACAGUGACGAGAUGGAUUAGUAUUAAUAUGUUACUUGAUGUAAUGCCUAAAAAUUAAAGAGAAAAUGUUCAAGUUU